CCAAGGCAUCAGAGAAACAGCGCCAUUUUUGCUUAGCUAGCGCCUCUGUUGGUGUCCGGCAUUGUGUUGGUAAUCUGAGCAGAAAUUACUUGCAAUAAUGAGGGGAAUUGUGGAAUUUUGGGGGGAAUAAGCCCAUUGAGUGCGCCGUUUGCAUAAGGUGCAUUUGACCAGCUCAAGAUGUCCGCAGAGAUGCUCAGGUAACGUUAAUAUAGCGAAAGUCUCCAGCUGCCUGAGCAAGCUAAUCGGGCAAGCAAUAGCUAGCUAGCUAACUAGUUAGUUUAUUUGCUGCAGAUAGUCCUAAAGUAGCUAGUUAGUCCGUUCUCGCAUUCAAGCUGCUAGUCCUACUUGUACUAUUUACAUUAUAUUAGUACGUGCAUCAAGAUAGCCCCAUAUCUGUGCCCAAAGUUAUGCAUUUCGUUUGAUAUUUAGGUAUGAUCGCUACUAGCAAACGUUAGCUAGCUAACGUUAGCUAACUAAUUUAUUUUGUCAAUGAUCUGGUAUGCAUUACAGACAGUAAGGUAGAAUAGCUAGCUAGCCUACUAUUGAAUCAUGAUAAUAACUGUUACUGAAGGAAAUAGACCGAUGCGCACAAGGACAGAUAUGUCCACAUCAUCAUAGCUAUGUCAUAUAUCCACACACUUUUUGGUUAGGAAUUUGAACAAAGGUGUUUUUUUAGAAAGAAAAUCGCAUGGUUGAGGACGUAUGCUGAAUUUCUGUUCAUUCUAUUCAUUCCUUUCAGCGUUCCUCCUGGCACGAGCAAGCUCGAUGUGUUGGUGACCAAACUGCAUGAGUUCUUGGCUCAUGCUCCAGAGGAAGAUGAGGACACACUGGUGACAGAAAGUCCUGAUGGUGAUAACUGUAAUAAGUGAAACUUUAACUCAGUAGGCAUGGUGGUGUUCGAAGUAAUAUUUGUAGGUACUCAGAAUUGUCUGCUGAUUUUAAUUCACAGGUAUAACAAACAAGGACUGUGUGGCGGCACACUCAACAGACCGAACCCCUCUUGAGGUAUUAACAUGAGAAAUAUCAGUUUAGGCUGUUAUAGACCAAAGAGUAUUCAGUGUUGAUGCAGAUCUAGAAGAUCUAUUUAUAAAAAUGUUCUUGUUGAAUACAGCCUCAACAGACCUCAACAGAAGCCUUGAAGCAGUCUGGAUGUGGUUCCAGGAGGUGGGCUUCCUUCUGAUAUUUUGAAAUAUGUGAUAGUUUAUGUACGUUGUUUAUGGCCGGGAAACACAUAAAAACAUCGUAUUUUGGUGUUUGUGCAUACUCUAAUGGAUGUCACUUGUAUUACAGAAAACCUUCAGUUGUGAUUAAACACAGCGGACUGGAUGAAUCUGGUGCUUCAAAUGAAAGUGAGGAUGAUGAUGACGGCUUGAAAAUCAAUUCAAAUGGUUAUCCUGAUAUAACAAGAUUACCGAAAGGUUAGUUUUUCUACUAAUGCUUUCAACUAUACUGUAAGGAGAUAUUAAUAAUGUAUCACUGCAUUUAUAAACUGAAAAUUCUUUGGUUUUCAUGCAUGUGUUUUUACAUGUCUUAUGCACAGGCACUGUACUGGUGAGGCCUGAGCCGGUGGAAAAUGUCAGAGAUGACUUCAGAGGUCCCGAAUUCCGUUGCGGAAAAUCUGGCAAUCUGAAGAGAGCUUUUUCCAGGAGACGUGGAGGUGAGCUUUCAUUAAUAAAUGUGAAAAAACAUAUAUUUUACCUUAAAAUAGUCUGCUGCAGAAUGACGAUUGAUGUCUUUGUAGGCGGUGAACACUUGGAGAUUGUUAGCUGUACAGCCUGUGGCCAGCAAGUUAACCACUUCCAGAGGGACUCCUUUUAUCAGCAUCCAGUACUCAAAGUACUUAUUUGCAAGGUGAGAGGAUCCUGGGUCUGUCAAAGAAGUGGUCAUUUAAAUAAAUGGUCUUAACGUCACAUUGGUUAAAAUGGGCAUUCUCCAACAAUAUGUUGUUGAGCUCACCUACAUUUUUAGGGGCUCAAUUCCUAAUUGUCUUAUUAUUUUCUCAGUCUUGUUUCAAGUAUUACUCAAGUGAUGACAUCAGCAAGGAUUGUGAUGGCAUGGAUGAACAGUGCAGGUACGAUGGGGUGGUUCUCUUAUACAACAAGAUGCUGCAAGCAAAUCCCGAAACGUUAACAAACAUAAAAGUUGUUACGUUAAUCAUCACUUCAAUCUAUUGUAUUUGCUUUUUACAGAUGGUGUGCAGAGGGGGGAAACCUGAUCUGCUGCGACUUUUGCCCCAACGCCUUCUGUAAGAAAUGCAUUUUGCGGAACUUGGGGCGAAAGGAGCUGUCUGGCAUCCUGGAUGAGGAGAGUAAGUGGUAUUGCUACGUGUGCAGCCCAGAGCCUCUACUGGACCUGGUCGUUGCCUGUGACAACGUCCUUGACAACUUGGGGCAUUUGUGGCCAGACCACCGCAAGAGGGGCAGAGGCGAGGGCAAAUCUGGACAUUAUGACUCUCAUCCAAGGCAUUCUCAAAACAAUUCCGUGGGUCAUUGGAACCAUAGUGGCAUGGAUGGUCACGUUGUGUUCAACUACAACACCCUUCAAAUUCCAGAGGAGAUGGCCAAAAAGGCUAAAAACCUGGUGGACUCUACAAACACCGUAAACACAACUUUUGUGAAGUUCAUUCAAGGUGGCAUGCAGCAGAAACAGACAACUGAGGUAAAGCUCCAAUACCUUAAGACUUUCCAGUCAGUACUGAAGGGUCUGAAGAAGUCUCAGACAGCUCUGGAGGAAGCCCUUUUGGAGGAGUUCAGAGAGAUGGGUUUGCCAAAUGGUGGGGAAAACCCAACGUUUGAUGAUACUGAUGUACCUCAACAAGAACAAGAGAGUUGUGUGGAAAUUGACAUUUCUGAAAAAAAUGGCCUACAUUACUUAAAGAAAAUUGCAGCUGAACAUUUGGAAGAGAAUGAUUCAGACUCAAAUGGCUUUACGGACGAUGGAAGGCCUUCGUCCUCAAUUGAAAUGAAAGGUGUCCUUGGCACAGAGAUAAUGCCCCGACGAGGUAGAGGCAGGCCGCGGAAAAACUCAAAGCCCGGAGAAGAUGCUUGCAACGUGACAAAACAACUGGUGGUGCAAAUUUCACCUGCCCCUGUUGAAAUAGAGCCGCUCUCUGGCCCCCCGGAGUUGGAGGUGGAAGUGGAGUUGGAGGCGGAAGAGGAAGAGAGAAAAGAAAAAGUGGAGGAAAUAGAGGGAGACUGUGAAUCUAUUGAACUUGUAACAGAGGGGGAGUAUGAAUCUGCUGAGGGAAGCGAAUCUCUGGAACUGGAAGAGGAACCAGAUAAUAGACGCUCACCUCGGGUAAAGACCACGCCCUUACGCAGGCCAGGUGAUGGCAAGACCCAGCCUACCCCCUCAGGUGCGGACAGUGAGAGUGACUCAGACCCUGACACCAGCCCCAGUGCUGAAGUGCCUCAAGGAGCUGACGAGGGAGGGCUUGGGAGAGGAAUUGAUGACUCUGACUCCGAUGAAGUCCCCGCUGUCCUCCAGCGGGCAGCCAUGACGCGCAGUUCAGACGAAGCCGAGAGUGACGAUGGAGACCAUCGGAGCGUGACCAAGAAAUGCCUCUUCGGCCUGAAGAAGAACACGCCCCUCUCUCCAGAAAGAGUUGUCCGCAAACGCAAGGUGCCAGACUGCUCCUCUGACUCCGACUCCUCCAGUGACGAUCCGGACCUGCAGAAGGAGAUCAAGACUAUGAGCAGCAGGCCCAGGGGGAGGCCUCGGAAGGUUAAGAGAGAGGAUGAACCUACCCAAAGCAAGGAGAGUCCGCAACAUAGGCCCAGGGGCAGACCUCGGAAGGUCAAGAAAGAGGAUGAAUCUACAUCCAGCAAGGAGGGUAAUACCCAGGUAGCCAAGCCUAAAAGCACACCUCAAUCCGAGCAGAGAACGAAGCAGACGCCAUCCUCUUCCAGUCAAGAAGAGGGGGACCAGGACUCUGAGUCAAGCGAUUACAGUUGUGACCAGAAGAUCAAGCCUAUCACUGAGGAGGUUGCCUUACUGGGGGCAGCAGCUUUCCACCAGUCGUCCGGUGAGCUGGUCUCACUUUCUCUGCACUUUUGAGGCAAUGCACUGCAUUCAUGAGUUGAAGUUUAACCCUUUUCAGCUAGCAGUGUAGAUUUCCUCAUUGGCAAAUGUUGAACUAACCUUUUCUCUUUUUUGUACUCUCUCACUCUGUAGGCGAUGAAGAACAGCCCCAGUCUGGGCCUUCUUGGGCAGCAGCAGAAGAUGAUGAUGAUCCAGAAAAUAGGUAUGGUUCCGAACGAACGGACAUAGCGUUUGUAACACACCCUAGGCGCGGGAGAAAGGCCAUGCCACGGAACCCUAAGUCGAGUGCUAAUAAUGGGGACUCCUCCGUUGUCAAGACCCCGUCCCAAUCGACCCGGUCUCGUCCAACCCGCAGCUGCAGUAAACCAGCAGCUAUCCCAUACAAUUUCUAGUGUAGAGCACAGAGGUACGUGUCAAGCACAGGGAGAAACCCCUCCUCCUCGUACCUCGCUUAGGCUGUGUUAUAAAUUAUAGGCCACUUAUGCCACUGUGUUUUCGUUGAUUACCUAUUCUUUAAUUCAUUUUUUGACUUUUAAUUUGAAGUUAAAUGUGACUUGUCUAUUAGCAGAAUGUGGCAUCAGUUGAGUCCAUAUCUCUGCGCAUACCAAGAUGAUUAAGAGGGGAAAAUGCUGUUUAAUGCAUCAGUUUGCACAAAAGCAUGAUACACAUAUUAAAACAGAUGAAACAAAUUAUUUUAUAUCUCAUAGUUGCUCAUUGGUAAACAAUACUGUAAGUCAGGGGUGUCAAACUCAUUUUGCCCCAGGGCCGCAUUCGGUCUUAAACAAGGUCCAGAAGGCCGCACAGAACAUUUUUGGUAUUUCCUUGCCGGAAAAAUGUGCUAUUCUUUUCCCUAUCCAUCGUUAUUGGAAUUUUCGAUGCUCCUUGACUGUCUAGCUUUCAUUUCGGUGAUUUAUUAGCGAGCUGGACACAGUCAAGAAAAUGUAUGAAUGUAGGUUGAUUUGUAAUUUUUUCAGUUUCGAUUAGGUUUUAGUCAUUUUAAGGUAUAUUGAGUUCGUCUCCCCCCAUAAAUAACACCCGCGGGCCGGAUUGCACCCGGCCCGUGGGCCGUAUGUUUGAUACCCCUGCUGUAAGUUAUCCUUAUUUCUUCCACAUACAGUAUUCUUUUAAUUUUUUACCAAAUAAAUAACUGUAUGCUGAAUAUUAAAACUUAUUUUAAGCCAUGUUAAAGGAUUUGAUUGCAUUAUUUGUAAAUAAUGUGAUUAUAAUUUUUUUGCUCCAAAUAUGUUAAGGUCCAGUCAUUUGAAUCUGGAUUCGGUUCUUGAUCUAUGGUCUGAUGGUAGUACAAGUUGCGUUUAAUUUUGCGCUGCAUGAAAACAAGCCAGCAAGGUGAUGUUUAUGUAGAAUUUUUGUUUUUGGCGAAGCAUAGCCUAAAAUGGUUAAAACUAAUAAAAGCUAAUACAUCACACCAGUAUACACAAUACACACCUGAAAGUGCCCUUAGACUUCACUUACAGAUGUGGAUAUAUCUGUAUCAUUACACUAGAUGGGGUGAAUUACCUUCCUAUCACUGGGAAUUAGUAAUCAUUGAGUUUGAUGUCAAUUCUGAAGUGACUGGGAUUUAGAACCCAAACCCUGAUUAUAUUAUACAUGCCCUAAUGGUCAACUCAUGACCAGGCAUUCUUUAGGGUGGCAGUAUUGUACAUGACUGCACCCUUGUGCAGUGGUGUAAAAUAAGUAAGUAAAAAUACUUUCAAUUACUACUUAAGUCGUUUUCUUGGGUAUCUGUACUUUACUAUUUAUGUUUUUAAAACUUUUACUUUUACUCCACUACAUAACUAAAGAAAAUAUGUACAUUUUACUCCCAUACAUUUUCCCUGACACACAAAAAGUACUCGUUACAUUUCGAAUGCACAGGCAGGACAGCAAUAAAGUUAAAUUCAUGCACCUAUCAAUAUAACGCGUUGUUAUCCCUAUUGCCUCUGAUCUGGUGGACUCACUAAACACAAAUACUGCGUUUGUAAAUUAUUUCUGGGUGUUGGAGUGUUCCCCUGGCUGUCCGUAAAUAAAAUGGUUUGCAUAAUAUAAGGAAUUAGAUGUAUAGCUUUUACUCAAGUAUGACAAUUAAGUACUUUUUCUACCACUGUACAUUAAGUAAAUUUAAAACCAGAUACUUUCAGACUUUUACUCAAGUGACUUUUACUUGAGUCAUUUUCUAUUAUGGUAUCUACUUUUACUCUACUAUGUCAAUUGAGUACUUUUUCCACCCCUGCCCUUGUGGCUGCUGGAUGUUGCUAAUUUCUCUAAGUCAUUGUAAAAAGUUUCUCCUAGUAUUUGGUAAUUAUGUUGGUGUAUGGUUACCAUAUGGAGAUUUCUUUCUUGAUCUAUUGAUAAAGUUCAUGUGCAAUAUGCCAGUGGUGAGGUGGCUGUUUUACGUGCUGCUAUUCUGACACUUGAGUACUAAUACGAUGCGUUGACGAUCCGAUUCUCUCUGAACAGACUGUAAAUGCAAUCUAUUCUGCUUGAUUUAAUUUUAAAAUAUAUGAUUUAUCGCUUCUGACCAGGUUGAGGGCUUAGCAGAGAAAGAGGACUUGUGAUGCUGAACAGCAGUAUACCAAAGACACUGAUUAUUAGACCUACUGUACUGUAUUUUAGAGCCGUUUUGUACCACAGGCACCAAGCUGAAUUUCUUGUAUGCUUUGAUUGUUAUACUCGAUCCAUAAUCAGAUUUUCAGUAUUUUCAUGUCUGUUUUGCAUGCAAUGCCACAUUUAUUGGCCAUUUACCUACAUUUUAAAUUAUUACAAGUUUUAAUGCAAUUGCAUUUCACUUUGGAUGAGCUCGAUGCCCUAAGCAACAGCUCUGAAAGCUGGUCAUGUAGAACGGUUGUAAUGCAUUUUAUUCCACCACAACUUUGUGACCUCUGAGGUCAGCCUUACAACAUUGCUGUGAGACGAGUAUGUAGUGAAGUGUCUUUCUUUCUUCUUCCAUUUUCUCUCUUCCCAGUUUAAACACUUGAGGUAAGGCCCAGGCCCAGGCUGUUGCCGGCCGCUGCUGUUUGUUACUGCCUCAUAUGGGGCCCUCAUCAUGUACACGUACUUCUCGCUGAGGCUUCAUCAGAGGCUUCGUUCAACUAUUACUAUCUGCCAAAAGGAUUCUUUCUGCAAAACAUAUUCAUGUAUAAAUGGAUACAUUUAUUUCACAGAAUAUCGAACUUGGAAAAUGCCCUACAAAACCAUUUGGACCCUGUUUUUUUUUACCCUUCACAAACUAUUUCUUGCGUACCAACUAAAAAAAACAGUGGUUAGAAAACGUAUUUUCAAAUAGAAUUAAUCAUUUAUGUUGUCUUUAGCUCUAAGGUGCUGUAGUGUUAGCCUUGUAGAGGCCUGUUAUUUGUAGAGCAUGCAUUAGACCAAGGAUAUGUUCUUACUUUUGUAAUUGAAUGAACUCUGUAAGAGAAACUAUUCGUUGUAAUAAAUUAAUACCCUUUAUGAUGUCUUGUAUGUCUUCCUUAUUCUAUAUAGGACUGGAUUUGUUCAUCUUGUUCUGAGUGAUAAGUCUUAGAUAUUUGUUAUGGAGGGGAGGGGUUGAUUCAAAUGUGCUUACAAGGUCAUUAAGUUAUCUGACCUUUGACUCCUCAAUGUUUUGCGUUUUUAAGACAAAAUUAAAUGAAGUGAAAUAGUCCUUGACAGAGCGUUUUAGCGUUGUCUAUUUGCUCACAGCAUACACUAUAUAUGCAAAAGUAUGUGGACACCCCUUCAAAUUAGUGGAUUUGGCUAUUUUAGCCACACCCGUUGCUGACAGGUUUAUAAAAUUGAGCACCGCCAUGCAAUCUCCAUAGACAAACAUUGGCAGUAGAAUGGCCUUACUGAAGAGCUCAGUGACUUUCAAUGUGGCACUGUCAUAGGUUGCCACCUUUCCAACAAGUCAGUUCGUAACAUUUCUGUAAGUGCUGUUAUUGUAAACUGGAAAUGUCUAGGAGCAACAAUGGCUCAGCCGUGAAGUGGUAGGCCACACAAGCUCACAGAACGGGACUGCUGAGUGCUGUAGCACAUUGAAAUCAUCUGUUCUCGGUUGCAACACUCACUACCGAGUUCCAAACUGCCUCUAGAAGCAACGUCAGCACAAUAACUGUUCGUCGGGAGCUUCAUGAAAUGGAUGUCCAUGGCUGAGCAGCCGCACAUAAGCCUAAGAUCACCAUGUGCUAUGCCAAGCGUCGGCUGGAGUGGUGUAAAGCUCACCGCCAUUGGACUCUGGAGCAGUGGAAACGCGUUCUCUGGAGUGAUGAAUCGCGCUUCAUCUGGUAGUUCGACGGACGAAUCUGAGUUUGGCGGAUGCCAGUUGAACGCUACCUGUCCGAAUGCAUAAUGCCAACUGUAAAGUUUGGUGUAGGAAUAAUGGUCUGGGGCUGUUUUUCAUGGUUCUGGCUAGGCACCUUAGUUCCAGUGAUGGGAAAUCUUAACGCUACAGCAUACAAUGACAUUGUAGAUGAUUCUGUGCUUGACAAUGCCCCCGUGCACAAAGCAAAGUCCAUACAGAAAUGUUUUUUCGAGAUCGGUGUGGAAGAACUUGACUGGCCUGCACAGAGCCCUGACAUCAACCCCAUCGAACACCUUUGGGAUGAAUUGGAAUGCCGACUGCGAGCUAGGCCUAAUUGCCCAACAUCAGUGCCCGACCUCACUAAUGCUGAAUGGAAGCAAGUCCCUGCAAUAAUGUUCCAACAUCUAGUGGAAAGCCUUCCCAGAAGAGUGGAGGCUGUUAUAGCAGCGAAGGGGGGACCAACUCUAUAUUAAUGCCCAUGAUUUUGGAAUGAGAUGUUUGACAAGCAGGUGUCCACAUACUUUUGGUCAUGUAGUGUAUUUACAUCAGUAAAGAAAAACCAUUCAACUGCUUAAUGCAGUGGCCUUUCCCCACUCAUAAUCACUUAAACUAUAUUGUCGGCUGUUUCCAGGUGGGGGACUGCAAAGUGAUACUAGAAUAGCCAACAUGACCUUGUUAUUUUCAUUAAUUCUAGAAGAAAUGUAUCUCCUGGUAAUAUUACUCAGUUUAAGGUGAAGUCCUACAUCUUGAUUGUAAAUUCCUAUGUAAAGACAAGUUCCUUUAGAGAAUAAACCUAUUAAGCAUGGCUUGAUGGAUUUGUUGUGAUGAUCAUUAAAAUGAUCCCCCGGUCCCUUUGCCUCUCUCCCUUGCUUCUGAAAGAAUCGCUAAGAAAAUGCUCUUGGCCCAAAUCAAAGCCAACUACUCAUCGGGGGAGGAUUUCUCUUCAGACGUGGAGUCAUCACAUGAUGAUGAAUCUGACAGGGAAGAGAAGGAAAAAGAAGUUCGGAAAGAUGAAAGCUCUGAUGAGAAUGGUUAGUGAUCCCUCCUUACCGCCACUACAAUUUCACAUUUAUUUUGAGAUGCAGCAAUAAGCUCAAUUUAGUGUUGCUUUGAAUAAGGCCACGUGUUUCUCAGUUGGUAGAGCAUGGCGCUUGCAACGGCAGGGUUGUGGGUUCGUUUCCCACGGGGGGCCAGUAUGAAAAUGUAUGCACUCACUAACUGUAAGUCACUCUGGAUAAGAGCGUCUGCUAAAUGACUAAAAUGUAAAUGUAAUAAGAAUGUGUUUUAGUCAUUAGGCUGAAAUACUUAUCUGACAUCACCUGUUGCUUAGUAACUGGACAUUUUAAAGUAGGCCCAUAUUGUUGUGAUGAUCUAACCCAUCACCCUGUGUCACUGCGUAUUAGUGUACAGGUUGCAUAGACAUUCACGAUAGGAAUAUGAUGUCCUCCUGACAAUAUACCAUGUUGUUUCUGCUGCAGGGGAGACCUCCAGUUUAACCUCUGACUCUGAGUCCAGUAAAACUUGUCACAGACAUCGUCUGCUACGCCACAAGCUCAGCCUUGAUGAUGGAAAUCCAAGUGAUCAGAAAACCGCUGAAGAAAAAGGGAUUGAGCAGAUAGUCAGGAAGUCUAGAAGAACCAAAGGUUUGUAUGGGAUGCGUUCUGUGGCACGACUAUGAUUGGAUACCAUCAGUGCCCUAGUGUUGGAGUUGGUCCUGUUACCCAGAGUAAACUCAUUCUCUGCUUUCUUCCAUCGCCUCAGGUGAGAAAUUGGAUAGCCAGAGUAGUGAUGAUGAUGAUAGCCAAUCAGAGCAAGAAGAGUCUGGUAUGAGUGAAGAGCUGAGCCAAUCAGAGAACGAGGGCAAUGAACAGAUGCUCAAAUGGUAA